AUGUGCCAUGGCUUCGGCGCCGUCAAAGAGAUAGGCGCCGACACCUUCGCUGAGGAAUUUACCACGAGCAUUCCGGUCUGCGCACUGGUCUAUGACAAUCGCAGUCUCGGCACGAGCGACGGCCUGCAUAGACAGGCGGUGAUCCCGGCCUUGCAGUGCUCCGAUCACAGCGACGCAACCACCCACGCACAACUCGGACCCGAGGUCGAUCCACAACGAGUCGCCGUCUGGGGCACAAGCUACAACGGAGCCUAUGCGCUUUCAAUUACCGCCGUGGAUCUUCGAGUCAAAGCCAUCGUUAGCCAAGGAGGUGUCACCCCUGCUUUACCACAGGCGUAA